AUGCCGCCCGGGGCCCCACUGCCAGGUCAACUACCACAACCUCCUAAUCAAAAAAGACCACCCUUGGGUUUCACUUCAUCUCAAUAUUGUCAAUGGAACGAUUAUGGAUUGAAACCUCAAGUAGAUGUGUUAGAAAGAACUGGGCUCAAAGACCUAGGCUUCAAAACCUUUGUCAUAGCUUGUGAAUGGAACAAGGGAAUGGAUCCAGAAGGAAAACUAAUCGUUGAUGAUAAACAAUUUGAAGGUGGACUUACUGGCUUUGGUAGAUUCUUACAAGAUAAGCAAAUGAAAUUCGGUCUAAGGAUAGAUUCAGUUUGUCUCUUUGUCACAGCGGGGGCGAUACAAAACCCAGAUCUCUCAAAGGUCACGAAUGAUCCAUACAUUCAAAUGAAACAGUCGAUUCAAAGAUCUCAAAAAGACAUCUUUCUUGCUACUGGUCAAUGGGGUGUUACAGAUGAAACAAGAUUAGAAACAGCAGAUACUUGGAGAGUCAAUAAUCCAGCAAAAGAAGAUUGGCAAAAAAUUCGACCAACUAUCAAUGCAAUGGUAGCUUUAUCACAUAAAUCCGAUCCAGGUCAUUUCAAUGAUUUAGAUGCAAUAGAUUGGAAUCAUCGCGAUCUAAGUCCGAUGGAACAGGCUACACAACAAGAUGCACUUGGAAAAAGUAUCACUUUUAGACGUCGUUAUACCAAUGACAACGAUGUUUGGGCUGGAGAACUAAGUGACGGAAGCAUGGUCGCAAUGUUGAUCAACUGGAAAGAUGAAGAAAGAGAAUUAACAUUAUCUCUGGCUGAUGUUGAGUUGACUUCAGCAAAUGGGUUUGAUGUGAUUUCAGGAAAGGAUUUAGGCCCAUCCAACACAACUCAAAGCAAAACCAAGAGAAUGGGCAAAGCAGUCUUAAGACCAGUCACCGACAAAUUGCAAGCCAUGACAUAUUUAGAGCCAGAUGGAGUAGGUGCAGUACAAUUUGUGAACUUGGAAGGAGGUGAUAAAGGUGGUAGACUUUUAGUUGCAAUUGAUUAUAUUAACUCUAAAUUAGAUGAUUUCUCUCCAAGUUGGUGUCCAAAUUGUCUGAUUGCUAAAAUCAAAGUCAAUGAUGCUCCUGAAGUUGAAAUUGAAUUUCCUAUCACUGGAUUGACAAACAAUAUACCCAUGUCAUAUUUAGUAGAGUUAGAUGGUUUUAAACCUGGAAGUGAUAAUACACUUACAUACACCGGUGCACACAAGCAGGCUGCUCCUGAUAUAACUCAAAUAUCUUUUUUCUCAGCUUCUGCCCCAUCUGGGUAUCAGUAG